AUGGCGGCCAUCGGAGUUCACCUGGGCUGCACAUCAGCCUGUGUGGCCGUCUAUAAGGAUGGCCGGGCUGAUGUGGUUGCAAAUGAUGCAGGUGACAGAGUUACUCCAGCUGUUGUUGCCUACUCAGAAAAUGAAGAGGUGGUUGGAUUGGCAGCAAAACAAAGUAGAAUAAGAAAUAUUUCAAAUACAGUAAUGAAAGUAAAGCAGAUCCUUGGCCGAAGCUCUGAUGACCCACAGGCUCAGAAAUACAUCACAGAAAGUAAAUGUUUAGUCAUUGAAAAAAAUGGAAAAUUACGAUAUAAAAUAGAUACUGGAGAAGAAACAAAAUUUGUUAACCCAGGAGAUGUUGCCAGACUGAUAUUUAGUAAAAUGAAAGAAACGGCACAUUCUGUCUUGGGCUCAGAUGCAAAUGAUGUAGUUAUUACUGUUCCAUUUGAUUUUGGAGAAAAGCAAAAAAAUGCUCUUGGGGAAGCAGCCAGAGCUGCUGGCUUUAAUGUUUUGCGGUUAAUCCAUGAAUCAUCUGCAGCUCUCCUGGCUUAUGGAAUUGGACAAGACUCCCCUGCUGGAAAAAGCAAUAUUUUAGUGUUCAAACUUGGAGGAACAUCCUUAUCUAUCAGUGUCAUGGAAGUUAACAGUGGAAUAUAUCGUGUUAUUUCAACAAACACUGAUGAUAACAUCGGGGGUACACAAUUUACAGAAACUUUAGCACAGCAUCUAGCUUCUGAGUUUCAGAGAUCCUUCAAACAUGACGUUAGAGGAAACGCCCGAGCCAUGAUGAAAUUGAUGAACAGUGCUGACACUGCAAAACAUUCUCUGUCAACCUUGGGAAGUGCCAAUUGUUUCCUUGACUCGUUAUAUGAAGGUCAAGAUUUUGACUGCAAUGUGUCCAGAGCAAGAUUUGAACUUCUCUGUUCUCCACUUUUUAAUAAAUGUAUAGAAGCAAUCAGAGCACUCUUAGAACAAAGUGGAUUUGCAGCAGAUGAUAUCAACAAGGUUGUCCUUUGUGGAGGGUCUUCUCGAAUUCCAAGGCUACAGCAAUUGAUUAAAGAUCUUUUCCCAGCUGUUGAGCUUCUAAAUUCUAUCCCUCCUGAUGAAGUUAUCCCCAUUGGUGCAGCUAUAGAAGCAGGAAUUCUUAUUGGGAAAGAAAACAUUUUAGUGGAAGACUCUCUUAAGAUAGAGUGUUCAGCCAAAGAUAUUUUAGUUAAGGGAGUUGAUGAAUCAGGAGCCAACAGUUUCACAGUACUGUUUCCAUCAGGGACUCCUUUGCCAGCUCGAAGACAACACACUUUACAAGCCCCUGGAAGUAUAUCUUCAGUAUGCCUUGAACUCUAUGAGUCUGAGGGGAAAAAUUCUGCAAAAGAGGAAAACAAGUUUGCACAGGUUAUACUCCAGGAUUUAAAUAAAAAAGAAAAUGGAUUACAUGACAUCUUAGCUGUUCUAACUAUGAAAAGGGAUGGAUCUUUACAUGUAACAUGCACAGAUCAAGAGACUGGAAAAUGUGAAGCCAUCACUAUUGAGGUGGCAUCUUAG